UCUCUCGCUGCCUCCGUCUCGCUCGCUCUCCUGCCUCCCGUGCAACUUUUGCAGACACCCCCAAGGCGCGCAGACAUGUUGAGCUGAGAGCUGAGGGGGGAUCGGCGCAGUCCCCCCUGCCCCACCCCCACGGGCCCAAACCUGGGGGCCCUCUAGCCACCUCCCCCCCCAACCCUUGACCUGUCCACUGUGCAUCGCCGCCCCCCUCCCCUCCCCUCCCAGCCCCUUCCUUUGCGGCGGCGGCGGCGGCGUUUUUGUUAGAUGGACAGGAGCAAGGCUGGAUGUUUCUGCCGGCCCCCGCGCUGAAGUGAGGCAGUGAUGCAGGAGGCUGGCAGCUUCGGCUCUACGGAGAGACACAGGCUCAAGAUGGCAGAUGGGUACUGAGUUUGGGGGGCUGCGAUCUCGCUUCAUCGCCGGUGUGGUUGCCAUGCAUUACAGACAUCCUCGCACCGAUGGCCCCCAUGUACGAAGGUAUGGCCUCGCAUGUGCAGGUUUUCUCUCCUCAUACCCUUCAGUCAAGUGCCUUCUGUAGUGUGAAGAAACUGAAAGUGGAACCCAGUUCUAAUUGGGAUAUGACUGGGUACGGCACACACAGCAAAGUCUACAGCCAGAGCAAGAACGUGCAAUCCUCUCAAGCAGCAGCAGCAGCAGCAGCAGCAGUCAGCGCUUCUCUACAGAUCCCCAACCCCAGCAUCCCCUACGAACAGACCAUCAUCUUCCCAGCAAGCACAGGGCACAUUGUGGUGACAUCUGCCAACAGCACUUCUGGUGUGGUUGCAGUGUCUGGGCAAACACUGGGUGGCCCACACAACCUGAUGCGGCGAAGCACUGUGAGCCUUCUGGACACCUACCAAAAAUGUGGACUUAAGCGCAAGAGUGAGGAAAUUGAGAACACAAGUAGCGUGCAGAUAAUUGAAGAGCAUCCACCAAUGAUUCAGAAUAAUGCCAGUGGGGCCACAGUAGCUACUGCCACCACAUCCACUGCCACAUCCAAAAACAGUGGCUCCAACAGCGAGGGGGAUUACCAGCUGGUACAACAUGAGGUGCUGUGUUCCAUGACCAACACAUAUGAAGUAUUAGAAUUUCUUGGCCGGGGAACCUUUGGACAAGUAGUCAAAUGUUGGAAACGUGGCACAAACGAGAUUGUGGCCAUCAAGAUCUUAAAGAAUCACCCUUCUUACGCCCGACAAGGUCAGAUUGAAGUGAGCAUCCUGGCCCGGCUGAGCACGGAAAGUGCAGAUGACUACAACUUUGUCCGAGCCUAUGAGUGCUUCCAGCACAAAAAUCACACUUGCUUGGUCUUUGAAAUGUUGGAGCAGAACCUCUAUGAUUUCCUAAAGCAAAACAAGUUCAGUCCAUUGCCCCUUAAGUACAUCCGGCCAAUCCUCCAGCAGGUAGCCACAGCCCUAAUGAAGCUGAAAAGCCUGGGACUGAUUCAUGCGGAUCUCAAGCCAGAGAACAUCAUGUUGGUAGACCCAUCUCGACAACCAUACAGGGUCAAGGUCAUAGACUUUGGUUCAGCUAGCCAUGUGUCUAAAGCUGUGUGUUCAACCUACCUUCAAUCCAGAUAUUACAGAGCCCCUGAAAUCAUCCUUGGUUUACCAUUCUGUGAAGCAAUUGAUAUGUGGUCACUGGGAUGUGUCAUUGCAGAGUUGUUUUUGGGGUGGCCUUUAUACCCAGGAGCUUCAGAGUAUGAUCAGAUUCGCUAUAUUUCACAGACACAGGGCUUACCGGCAGAGUAUUUGCUAAGUGCAGGGACAAAGACUACAAGAUUUUUCAACAGGGAUACAGAUUCACCAUAUCCUUUGUGGAGGCUGAAGACACCAGAUGAUCAUGAGGCAGAGACGGGGAUUAAGUCAAAGGAAGCAAGGAAGUACAUUUUCAACUGUUUGGAUGAUAUGGCACAGGUGAAUAUGACAACAGAUUUGGAAGGAAGUGAUAUGUUGGUGGAAAAGGCAGACCGGCGCGAGUUUAUAGAUCUGUUAAAGAAGAUGUUGACUAUAGAUGCAGAUAAAAGAAUAACACCGAUUGAAACUCUGAACCACCCCUUUGUCACCAUGACGCAUUUGCUUGAUUUUCCCCACAGCACACACGUCAAGUCUUGUUUCCAGAACAUGGAGAUUUGUAAGCGGCGAGUGAAUAUGUAUGACACGGUGAACCAGAGCAAGACACCAUUCAUUACCCAUGUGGCACCAAGCACAUCUACCAACCUGACCAUGACCUUUAACAACCAGCUGAACACUGUCCACAAUCAGGCCACCAACCUGGCUCCCACCUCUACCAGUGCCACUAUUUCCUUAGCCAACCCUGAAGUCUCCAUACUAAAUUACCAAUCUGCACUCUACCAGCCCUCAGCGGCGUCCAUGGCUGCGGUAGCCCAGCGGAGCAUGCCCCUACAGACAGGAACAGCGCAGAUCUGUGCUCGGCCUGACCCCUUCCAGCAAGCCCUCAUCGUCUGCCCUCCAGGCUUCCAAGGGUUACAAGCCUCACCUUCGAAGCAUGCUGGGUAUUCUGUGAGGAUGGAGAACGCUGUUCCAAUAGUCACUCAGGCUCCAGGGGCUCAGCCUCUUCAGAUCCAGCCAGGACUCCUUGCACAGCAGGCCUGGCCUAGUGGUACUCAGCAGAUCCUGCUUCCUCCAGCCUGGCAGCAACUGACCGGAGUAGCUACCCACACUUCAGUCCAGCAUGCAACUGUCAUCCCAGAAUCCAUGGCAGGAACCCAGCCACUGGCAGACUGGAGAAACACACAUGCUCAUGGUAGCCAUUAUAAUCCCAUCAUGCAACAGCCUGCGCUUUUAGCUAGUCAUGUGACUCUUCCAGCAGCCCAGCCAUUGAAUGUGGGUGUGGCUCACGUCAUGAGGCAACAGCCAACCAGCACCACUUCCUCCCGGAAGAAUAAACAGCACCAAUCAUCUACAAGAAAUGCAUCUACCUAUGAAGUGUCAUCAUCCCAGUCCGUUAGCUCUCCUCAGCGAUCGAAACGAGUGAAGGAGAACACCCCCCCUCGCUGUGCCAUGGUGCACAACAGCCCUGCCUGUAGCACUUCUGUCACGUGUGGGUGGGGUGAUGUGGCUUCCAGCACCACCCGGGAGCGGCAGCGGCAGACAAUAAUCAUCCCAGACACACCCAGCCCUGCAGUCAGUGUCAUCACUAUCAGCAGUGACACUGAUGAAGAGGAGGAGCAGAAGCAUGCACCCACCAGCACACUCUCCAAGCAAAGAAAAAACGUCAUCAGCUGUGUCACCGUGCACGAUUCCCCCUACUCCGAUUCCUCUAGCAACAACAGCCCCUAUGCAGUGCAGCAGCGCGGGGGACAGAAUAAUGGGAACACCUAUGACACAAAAGGGGUUCCAGAAACCCACUGCAGCGGGAACCCACGAACUAUAAUCGUGCCACCACUGAAAACCCAGGCCAGUGAGGUGCUGGUAGAGUGCGAUAGCCUGGCACCAGUCACCACCAGUCACCACUCAUCAUCCUACAAGUCCAAGUCCUCCAGCACCGUGACCUCCACAAGUGGUCACUCUUCAGGGAGCUCAUCUGGAGCUGUUGCAUACAGGCAGCAGCGACCAGGAGCACAUUUCCAGCAGCAACAGCCUCUUAAUCUAAGCCAGGCCCAGCAGCACAUCACAACAGAUCGCACAGGGAGUCACCGACGACAGCAAGCCUACAUCACUCCAACAAUAGCUCAGGCCCCGUACUCCUUCCCACACAAUAGUCCCAGCCACGGUACAGUCCACCCCCACCUGGCCGCGGCUGCAGCUGCUCACCUACCUACCCAACCCCACCUCUACACGUACACUGCCCCUGCUGCACUUGGGUCUACAGGCACCGUCGCCCACCUGGUGGCCUCCCAGGGGUCUGCUCGUCAUGCUGUGCAACACACCACCUACCCAGCCAGUAUAGUCCACCAGGUUCCCGUCAGCAUGGGCCCUCGAGUUCUACCAUCACCCACCAUCCACCCGAGUCAGUACCAGGCUCAGUUUGCCCAUCAGACCUAUAUCAGUGCUUCUCCAGCCUCCACAGUCUACACUGGAUACCCGCUGAGCCCCACUAAGGUCAACCAGUACCCUUACAUCUAAACACUGGAAUAAGAGAGAGACACACCCACAAAGAGGGAGUGAGGUGGCUGCUUUUAUAUUGAAGAACAUGACAAACAAACAAUGCAAUGAGAGGCUCCUGUGAAACUUGAACAAAGGAGUCUUUAAGGAAGAAAUGAAAGAGGCAAGAAGGAGAAAACUAAUUCUACACUUUUAUUUAAAAAAAAAGAAAAAAAAAAGAACUGAAAAAAAAACAAAAAUAAAAAACACAAAAAAACCAUUCUGCACCAAACUAGAGAGAGGGGAAAGCAGAGGGAUCCCAAAGCUGGGUCCUGUGCUUUGGAGAACUUCACCAAUAGACUUUUAAAGAUUAUUUUCAUCUGAUAGUGAGCUACAUUUAAUAAUUUGUUGUCCAGAACGCCUAAAACAAAAUCCACUAGGUUUUUAAUUCAAUAAAUAUAUGGAUUAGGGAUUUAUCCAGAAUUUUGAAGGGUUUAUGCCCCAUCUUUGCACUGUUCUCCAUAACCCUAAUGGUGUGUGAGGUGUUUUCUGCAGAGAAGAUAGAGGGAGGAGUGGGUGGGAGUGGCAGGGGGAGGAAGGGACCAUUUCAUCACUAGAAACUUCAGCCCAGCACUGAUAUGCUUAAAACACACACACGCAAAAUGGAACGACUAUGUGACAUUUGUCAAGAUCAGAAGCAAUGGGGCUAUUUUCCCCUUUCUCUGAGCACCCUGGAUAAAUCCCUGAGAAAUGUUAUUCCUAAAAAUCGUCUUUAAUAAUGUAUGUCGGAUUUCAGUUUCUUGAUUUUAUUUGGAAAAUUUAUUGUUAAUCCCUAGCCAUUUUAAUGUAGAAGUUUUAGCUGGCCCCCUGUCCCCAGGUAGAAUGUAGCACUAUACAGUACAUACACCCUUUUUACUAUUUUGUGUUGAACUUCAAUGAUACCAAUAGACUAUUCCUCAAUGUGAUUGCACAAAAAAAGUGAUAUAACAUAGGCAUGUAACAAAUGUGAUUGUCCAGGUAUGUAUGUGUGUGUGUGUGUGUGUGUGUGUGCGCGCGCAGAUGCUGCCUUCUCUCUGUGGUGUGUUCCUCAGCACAGCCAUUACAACUGUCACAGUCUUAGUUUUACACCAUUCCCUCGUAGUGCCUUACCGAACUACAGAUGCGGUUUAAGGGUUUACUUCCACUGGUACUCCUAGAAACUGACUGAGGCUAGUCGGAAUUUAAUCUCAGCUCUUCUUCUUUUGUUGUUGUUAUUGUUGCUGAUCAUCUAGUUAUUUUUUCCCCCAUGCUGUCAAUCUUAGAUCAUUUGCUAAUGUGCAGGUAUUAGGGAAGUUCAUGGGAGUUGGAAGGGCAUAUGCAUAAAUGUCUGUUUAGCAUAGUAUGGGCUAAAAGUGACCCUAUUGGUCAUGAAACCCAGUACAGCUUCCUGAAGGGUGAAAGAUUUCUUCUGUGGGUUGUUUUUCUUUUUUUUUUUUUAGUUUCUUGUUCAAAUAACAAACUUCUCCAUGUGAAACUUAAUUCUCAUUCUGCUGUUUGCUAACAUUUGUGUCAGAGUAGAAGGACAGAUUCCUCCAAUCAUUGCUGUGGAAUAUCAGGCACAUUAAAUAGUUUGUCUGGAGUGGGAACAAAGUUUUAGCCCAUUCAAUGGGGGAAUACUGGUCCCUUAAAGAAUUGUUUCACUAAAUCUCCACAGAUGGCAGGGAAAAAAAGGGAGCAAGAGCAUGAGAUAGAGAUUCAGUCUAGAUUGUCAGACUCAGGUUUUCUGAGUGCCGAGAGUAUUUUGAGACAUCAGGGCCCUACCCAAUGUAAUGUAGUUCUGACUGUAUUCAUUUCCCCUCUUCCUCAGCCAACUUGUAAAAACAAGUUCCUGUAGUGGUAGAACGCCUUUUCCACUUGGUAGAUUAAUUCUUACACUGGGUCCUCCGCUCCAAAGGAACUCUAAAUGGUCUUGUUUUCAGAUAGGUUUCCAAAGAGAGACUUUCUUACAAUUGAGUGAGUUGGGGGCAAAUCUCAUGGAUAAAAAUGGAUUUGCCACUGCAUCAGUACUUAGAAGUGUUUCUAGAAUACCCACAUCUGCUUGUGGGCUUGUUGGGAAGGAGAGAAGAGACCAAGAAAAGAGAGUUUGGUGGCAUACUUCCAUUAAAGUUCUUAAGUCUACAUGGCUACUCAGCGCCACAGCUCUCCCUGUAACUACAGCAAGGCAUGUUUACAUUUUUUUUAAUAUGCUGGACAAUGGCAGGUCGAUUCGGAGAGAGAGAAAGAAUGAUUCCCUUGGGUGGAGUUUAGAACAAAGGCCUCUCAAGAGGGAAAAUUUCAAGAAAAACAAGCAGAGCUGUACUAUCUUGUCGUGAGCACUUGCCCUCCCUGGAAGGGAUCUCACUAUGCAUAGAUGGUUGGAUAAAACUGUCUUCUUUUGGCAAGCCAGUUACUAACCUUUGCGUUUGCAUUUCAAAUUCCUGCGCUAUCCUUGCAAAGUUUGAUUUUCCCUUCUCUUCCUCAUUCCCACAAAGUACAUAAAGGAUCUGAUCUCUGAGCAGUCCAUGCACCUUAUGCCUUUCCAUUAGAAAGACAAUACUUUCCAUUUAUUUAAACCAGGAAAUGGAUUCCCCAUUCUCUCUGUACGUUUCCGUUGCAUUCCUCUCCUGUCCCAUCAGUUCAGGAAUGAAAGCUUCAUGCUGCUUGUCAUUAAAAGGAAGAAUAUUGUUAUUUUAUUGUAUGAUUGUUAUGAUUAUUAUUAUUUUAAUAUUAUUAUAUUUUACUCUGGGUUUUAAUUGCACACGCAUUCCUGCAUCUUUGUGUUAUUUUUUUCUCUUAGUGUUGUUGUUGUUGUUGUUGUUAAUUUUAUUGUGAAUAGUUUCUCUCCAUCAAUGGCAUCAGAAACUUUGCUGUGUCUGUGAGAAAUGUAGGAAGAGAGGGAAACACACAUGGUCUGAAAAGGUAAAUUGUGCUGAUAGCAUAGAUGGGGAACCAGGGCACACUGGCUGUGCCCUUGAGGGGAUGGCACAUUAUACUCCAGAGCAUGUCUGCGUUUCAGCACAGUUCUAGAAACCCUCACUUAGAGGCAGAAGUGAGACAGCAACUCAAAGUCAUUUCCCAGUGGCAAGAUUGGGCUGAAGGAAGACCAAGGCUGUGGGGCCAUAAGGUCUGGCUCACCAUCAUCUUACAGUAGCUAAUGUUGAUGGGACACUUAAAUCAGACCAAGACUCCAUACACCCCAGUCAUGCACUAGCCAUGACCCAGUUAGCCUUUUAAUUAAUCUAAGCCCAGGCUAAAUGUUAGGGCUCAGUUUCCCAGAGGGGAUAGCAUAGGGGUAGCUUCUCCUGGGGUAUCCUGUCUGCCUACAAAACUCUAAAAAGAACCCCAAAGGAGGAACCAGUGUGCCUCCCAGUGCAGUCACUGGAUAAAUGACACUGAGAGCCCCUGAAGGUGUUAAGUAGCUAAAAAUCCAGCAGCAGAAAUAAAAUGGUCCCGGCCUUGCUCUACCAUUGCUGAUGAUUCAAAGUAUGUCCAUAUGGCCAGGAUACUUGGCUCAUGGCUUUCUUCCUCCUCCAUAUAGCUGGUCUUUUUUCUUUUAAUUAUUACCUAAGGAAUUUUAAUAAGCUUUUUUUUCCUGCUGUAUGGGAUUCAGAUAUUUAAGCUUUCCAUUACAUCUCCCACCCUUACUAGAAUGGUGUCAUAGAGACUGAGUAAAGGCCCUGAUUCAGGACAGGUUUAUGUUCCUGUGAAGUCACUGGGACGUCAGCAUUUACUUAAUCAGGUCUUUGUGUGCUCUGCCAAAUCAAGGCAGAGUUAAAUGCUUAAGGAUUAAUGCUUAGAUUCUUUGGUGAAUGAGGUCUGACAGAGCAGGGAUGGGAGGAAAAGUUGGCUUCCCUCUCUCUCUGAGGCAUGUGGGAUUUUAUUUUUUGUGUGUUCUCAGCGCAUGCUCUUUCACAACAGCACACAUUUGAUUUCUCUGGGAACAGGGUGACCAUGAUAGGACGGCACCCUUCUGUGGUGGGAAAGGGUACAUUGCAAGGUGGAAGGGGCAGUGGUUUAUCCUGCUCAUGCUAGGAUUGCAGUCUUCAAGCUGUACCUGUGGAGGAGGCUGGAUUAGAUGGCCCUUGAAGUCCAUUCCUAUGAUUCUAGCUACAGACCUGAUCCCAGCACAGUCAGGAAUGUAUUGACUAGGGGUGGGGGUUGCAAUAAUAGUGAAUGUUGUCUGCAGUCUGAAUUGUAUUUAGGUUGCAAUGCUAAAUGAGGAUGAUGGGUCAGUAGGUUGGAGCAAACAAUACCUCUGCUCCUACUCCCCUUUGAAAAUAUGGUUUGGUAAAUAGUAAUACUGCUAGCCAAACAGGCAGACUAAGUUUAGAAAGGAGCCAAGUGCUUAGCAUUCUGUUGGUCCUGCACAAAUAAAAAUAGCUGAAUUAUUUAGCUUGCCUUUGGAGUUGAAAACAGGAUUGAUGUGUUUUGGAAUGAGCUUUGGGUUCUUUGUGUGUGUAGAGCAAACUGCUUGGAAACCUGAGGGAGGAGGUGAAUGGUUUAGUACUGGAAGUGUUUAGUGGUGGUUCAUGGUUGGCUCGGUGUAGAAGUGACCCCUUUCCCCAUUGCAUUGUCUUGGUGUACAGACAUUGCCUCUUACUAGAGCUGGACAUUCAAGCUGCUGAAACCUGAAUGUAGAAAGAGGUGGAGACACUAGUUAACUUAAACAGAAAGAGAAAACAAUGGAAAAGCUGGAACUUUUUUCACUGAAGACUGGUCAACUCCAGAUGUUUUAAGAAAACAGCUGCAAUUGCAGCUCACUCAUUAGAACUGCAUAUGCUUACACUGUGGCUGAAUUUGGCUUUCUGGGUAGGUUUUACUCUUUCUCUCUAGUAGUUCUUUCAUGAAGCAUUCAAGCAAAGGGAUGGUUCUAUCUCUGAUAUUUUUCUUCUUUAUAAUCUCAAGGAACUAUCCCUCAGAAUUUGGCUUGAAAGAAAUUCCAUUACUAAACUUGAAGGGAAAGUAAAACCCUUUUUUUUUUCUUUAACCAAAGAAACAUAAAAAAUAGAGAGAGACCUCCCCCCGCCCUCAACCUUACAGAUACAGAAUUAAGUCACUUGUCAUGACUGUCAGGCAAUAACAACAUCCUAGGGAAUUCCACAUUUCUUUCUACCUUUCAUUCUCUCUUCCUAGUUACUGCCACUUUUACAUUUUGAUUAGCUAGCUUGUUGAGUGGAGAAAUUCAUUCACACUAAAUAUUGCUGCUAUCCCGAACUUUAGGGGACAUCAAAAACUAUUCUUCUCGCUACUGCUAUUCAUACUAAUUAAAGUAUAUCCUGUCAGUGGCAGCAGUGCAGCAUUUAAAUUGUGAGGUGCAGAGUGGGAGUAAGUUUCUGUGUGCUCCUUGUGCUUCUGUAGCAUUUAAAUCCCCUGAGUUUUUGUUCUGUUAUGGAUCAAGACAGUGGUGCAUCUCCUGCAGCAGUGAAGCCUCUGCAAGGUUGGCCAAAAGCAAUGGAAUUGUUUAUGGUUUGUGAAAGACUUGUACAUGUUACUGUGGUUUGACAGUCAGCCCAAUAAAGGAAUCAUCUGUGCUGCCUACAGCCAAAUUCUCAAUACCUGUGUGCAAGGUCUGAGUAAUUUUUCUUGUUCAGGCAACAGGCAUCAGGGGAAAUAAUCUGCUCCUUCUAUGCAGAAGUAUUUGUGCCCUCCUCCAGCUGGGCAGUACAUUACAGUGUGCAGGUUGGGUCUAGGUCUCCAAGUUCUCUCUAUGGCCUGCCUUUGUGCAUUAAAUUGCUGUAGUUGCUCUGUAUUUAAGACCUCUUUACUUGUGACAAGACUGUGCCCAUGCAUCUUUAGUCUCCGAGUCCUUACGCUAGCAUGUUAUCUUUGAAGUUAACAGGACUUUUGCCUGGGUAUAGACCAAAUCAGGAACACAGGGCUGGGACCUAAAGUAUCAGUCACAUUGAGCAAUUUACACUUCAGAAUUUUAAAGCAAUGGUCAAAAAGAUUGUGGUAACAGUACUGAAAGCAAAGGUGUUUUGGCACCUUGCUAGAGUAAAUUUUUAGAGAGGCAUUCCCUAGGCUAUCCCAUUUUCUAAGUACAUGGCACAUCAGCCCGGAGGGCUGGAAGGACAGCCCUUCAAUAUAUAUCACUGUGUUCCUCCACCAUCCAGAGAACAGAGCAAAGCCCAGUGUAGAAGCAGCUUAAUUGAAGAAAACAGGUUAGAGCUAUAAAUAAGCUAACUAAGGACUUAACCCUGCUGAUACUUCUGCUCAUGAAUAGCUUUACUCCCAGUGAGUUCAAUGGAAUCCCCCAGGUGUACAAAUUUCAUAGAUUCAUAGAUAUAGGGUCGGAAGGGACCUAAGGAGAUCAUCAAGUCCAACCCCCUGCCCUGAGCAGGAGAGAAAACUGGGCUCGUAUGACCCCAGCUAGGUAAUUUUCGAGCCUCCUCUUAAAGACCCCCAAGGUAGGAGCCAGCACCAAUUCCCUUGGAAGUUGGUUCCACAUCCUAGCCACCCUGACUGUGAAAUAGUGUCUUCUAAUGUCCAGCCUGAACAACUAAUGUCUCAAGCAACUUAUGGCUGUUAUUCCUUGUUACUCCAGGAGGUGCACAGGUGAACAGUGUCUCUCCCAUUGCCUGCUGGUCCCCCUGGUAAGUUUGUAGACAGCCACCAAGUCCCCUCUCAACCUUCUCUUGUGAAGGCUGAUCCCGUAGCCUCUCCUCGUAGGGUCUGGCACACAAAUUUGCUCAAGUGUGUGAAGGAUUGAGCCCUAGAAGGCACAGUCUGGUCUGCAAAAGUAUAGUCCUUUCAAUGGAAAAGGAAACACACAGGUUAGGAGAGAAAUUUGAAUGUGGAAUUAAUCUGACUUUCCAGGAAUCUCAUGAGGCAUACGAUGAGGCUUUGAUUUCUGCAUCUGUAGAAUAAGAUUGAAAAUAACUUUCUCCUGUACGGGUUAGCUUUCUCCUUCCAGUUUCAGCAGUGCUGCUAUAACUAUUCAUGUGUGUUUGAAGAUAAAAGUUUUUGUUUUAAAUCUUUUGCUUAUCAUAGUUAAUCUAAGAAAGGCAAUACUAAAGGUAUAUUUUUUUCCAAAAAUGAUAUUUUUUACUGCACUGAUAAAUAUUGUGACAUCUCUGAUCUUAACUCUUUAGCUGUGAGGGGAAGUAUGUGCAGAUUCACUCAAACCUUGUAAAUACUUGUGUGUGGGUCUGACAGCCAGGGACUUUUUUUUUUCUUGCUUAAAAAAUGUUUCCUCGUUGAGACAGAUAGCAAUGGAGCAACAAUGCUGAGAGCAAAGGGAAAGCUCAUCCCAUUUCUAGAACGUAGCCAAGGAGUUUCUGCAGUGCUGGCACAGAGUUGAUGACAAUGCAGGUGUAUGUUGAUUUUUUUUCCAGCAAAUUGAUUGGAAGGGAGUAAGGAAGUUAAAGAAAAAACUUUGGUCUGGAAUUCUGAUCAGAAAUGUUAUUCGUCUGUUAUAUGGAGCCUCUUAGUUUUUUGUUUGCUUGUUUGUUUGUUUUUCUAUAUCAAAUGGUUCUAGGUUUGUUUGCCUGUGUUCUAGGUUACUCUAUGUGUGUUCUAGGCCUGUCUCUGUUCUAGAGCUCAUUGACUCCAUUGGAAGCAAAUCCACCUGAUCAGAAUUCUGGAUUCUGAUUGGUGUUCAAGUUAUCCUGGAAUUAUGGUGGAAUACCUUCGGUUUUUUUAAAGAAAGAUUUAGAUACACUUAUAUUACACAAACUGUGACCUAAUGGCAAUAAUUACCUCAAAUGUGGGCAUUCAUCCUGGUUUUAGCCUUUUUUGAAAACAUGUAGCCAGCUUGAACUUGUGAUUCAAAGACUAUAAACUCUGUAUGGGCGGAAUAAUGAUAAAUGCCCACCCUGGUCAUUGUUGCUUGAGUGAAGUCUGAAGACAGUGAUUCUAUUAAAAAAUAAUAAAAAAAAUUAAACCAAGGAAUAGAUUACUCUUUUAUGUAUUUUAAUCAAUUAUGAUGUUAAAAUGCACAUGUAAGUAUAUAUGUUUAUAGCUACUGUAAAAUGCUCUGGCCUUCUAGAAGUUAUUUAAAGAGUCACAUUUUAAACUAAUAUGAACUGAAUAAUAGACUAUGGCUACUUAAACAAUUUUCUGGCUACAUUUUAUAGUUAUUACAGUGUUUUAUAGUUUACAUUUAAACUGGUACUUUUUAAGGGAAUUUUGUUUGUAAAUGACACCUUUAAAACUCAGUACAGCUGCCUCUUUUUAAUUUUGCCCUUUUAAGAAAAGAAAAGUACAAGUGUGUCUUUAAUAUGUAUAUUCUGUUUUGAGAUAUAACAUAGUGUUGGAAAGUCAGUACUGCUCAAAGAAUCAAGCUUAUUCCAAAAUUUGUUUAAGAAACCACUCCACAUGUUUUGAAGAUUUAGCAAAUAUAGUCCGACAGAUGAGCUAUUCAUUUUUUUAAUAGCAUGUUUUAUAGAAACUCCUCGGGUUGAAACAGGGAGCACUGUACUUCUAAAUUAACUAUUCUAUGAAGGACCUUAAACUGGAUGAAGAUACCUGUAUAAUGAGAAUGAAGGAUAUUCAAAGGAAGGGAUGUGUUGUAUUGUUGAUAAUGUAUUCACUAGACUAUUGAUUCCUGAGUUAGCAAAAGCCUGGUUUGUUUUGAUAUUUUGUGACAGCCACUCAGAGGCAAUGCUGUAAUUUGGCUUUCAUUCCAUUCAUCAACAAGUGAUGCUGGCCACCCUAGGAACAUAUUGAACCAGUGAACUAAAUACAGAAUACACUGACCAUCUCUUUCUAACCUUAUUGACCAAUGGCAGCGUGUAUUGGUGCUGUUUCCUUGUUUUGGGUUGUAUUUUGCAUUUUGAUGCAACCCUUUUUUCAGUCUCACUUAGCCAUGAGUACCUGUCUAGUUCGGUUCUUGUUUUCUUUCAGUUGGGUACCCAAUGAACAAGGUGUAUAUGUCUGCUGGGCAAUGUGGUACUUUUAGCUAAUAAAAGUGCAGGAACUGAUAUUUUAAAAUAUUUAUAUCUGAAGAACUGAGCUUCCGUUGUGGGACUCUGGAAAGCUCUCUGCAUUUUUCAGUGAUGCCUGACACUGCUACAUUUGGUGAUCUUUGGCAACUGAAUGAGUUGCUGGUAAACAGCAAUCAUGUGUUGUGUUCCAGUAUUUGAAUUAAAAUCAAUGGCACAGCUCCUCAUUGACUUCAAUGAUUGAUUUCUAGCUCCUCCAUUAACUCCAUUCAAAGCCAUGGUUCCCAUACUGUAACUCCUGCUACCAGAGUGAUAGCUUAUCACAUGAUUGCUGUUUUGCCAUCAUCCAAGCUCAAUGCAGCCCUUAGGAUAACUGGAAAAUGUUCGGCCCCUCUUAGCACACAGUCGCACAAUCAACAAACACUAACAUUUUGCCACCCUCAGCAACUGCCUAUUCUGCUUUUUGUGAUAGGAAUCAGCCCUGGAAAUAGGCUCACUCAGUUGAAGGAGCUACUGAGUUUUUGGAAUAAUUUGGCUUGGAAUUUGUGAAGCAAGAAGGGGUUUCUAACACUGGCAAUGCACAUCCCUUAGAAUCUGAAUGGUUACAUAUAGCACCUCCGUCCUCAGAAAGAAAAUACAAUCUGCUACAAUGCUUCCACAUUAGGUGGUUACAUACAACACUUCUGUCUUCUUUGCUUUUCCCCCCCGUAUUUGUUUUUUUUUGUUUGUUUUUUGUUUUGUAUUCUUCUUGAAAUGAUACUUCCAUGGAUAUUCCAGGGCACAACCACUUCAGGUGUAAAAAAUAUCUCCUCAUCCCAUGUGUUUCACCAACAAAGUAAACAAGGCAUUUUGGGUACCAGAUUCUACUUGGGCAGGAUCAGAAUGUAGCCUGUAUAUUUUAUACCAAACCAAAAUUCUGAAAGGAGAGGAAGUGUCAUUAAUAGCUUUAUUAAAAGGAGAGAGAAAGAGAGAGAGCGAGAGAGAGAAAGAGAGAGAGAGAGAGAGAGAGAGAAAGAAACAGAAAGAGAAAGAGAAUGAAAGAGGGGCAUCUUGGAAGUUGAAGAAUCUAGAGUUAGGGUAGUUAAAUCAAUGGGUGAAACAUUUUUCUGAACAGCAAGAUCCUUUUGCAUACUAAAAGAAGGGAAUGUUUCAUGGCUUUUUACUGCCCACAACCCUAGUGUACUCUGGAUGGAAAGUGGAAGUUAACAUACACUGCGCCAAAAUUGUAAAGGGGAAGGUGCGGGGAGAGGGGAAGCUGUGAAAUACUAUCACAAAGGAAAGGGAAAAUAUGCCCUGGGCCCCCUGCCCCAACCCUCUGUCCUUAGAUGGUUCUUUCUCUAGAGCGUCAUCUUAGCCCAGUAACCCUAUGAAAGCCCUGAUUCUUUGUGAUCCUUCACUGUACGGUUUCUGUAAUAAGAGUGUUAAUCCAUGUUAAUCUUUGUGAAAAUUAUUGUGUGCAACAGUAUUUUCUUGUGUAAUGCUUCUUUCCUAUGUGAAUUGUCCCUCUCUUUUUUCCCUUUCUUUUUCUUUUUCUUUUUCUAUGCUUUCUUUCUAUUUUCUUUCUUUUUUUCUUUUGGUAAAUAUGUCCGUCUUUUUUUUUUUUUUUUUUAAGGAAAAAAAAAACAAACUGAUGUGUUGUAGACCUAUAUGUAACCUAUUCCUUAGUCUCAUAUUAUAGGUAUGUUAUAAGAAUGGAUAUUUUACUUGGCUUUAGAAUGUUUUACAAGAAAUCUAAUUCUUAACCAAUCAAGUUCUUGCUACUAAAAGAAAAUGCUUGUGUUUUUCAUCAUGACGUUGUGUGCUUCUAAUUAAUAAUCAUUUUCGUUGUAGAAAAAUGGAGUGAAUUUAUAUUAGUCUUGGAAACUAAUAAUAGCAUUGUAAAUUUAUGAGAUGAUUUUAACAGAAAAUACAUUAUAGAAGAAUAUAGUUAUUUUAAUUGUAAUAUUACUAACUGUAGGGUGAGAAAGGAGGUCCCGUUGUGAUGAACUAUGUUAUAGCUUGUUAUUCACGGUUUCUUUUUGAUCAUUUUUUCGGUCUCUGAGGUGAAACGAGUUAUUAAUCAAAAUUUGUAAACUCACAUAUGCAUAUUGUAUAUGUGUAGAAAUGUAAUCACACUUUGUCUUGGAAUUACAUUAAACUGUUUUAAGUCACUGCAAA